CUUAACGUCCGCGCCGCCGCGUUUCAUCGGCAGCCAGGACGCGCAGUCCGAGGGAAGGAAGGAGGCUUGGGGGGGAAACUUUGGGACAUGCGGCGUCUUCUGCAAACUUGUCGCCAACUAAACCGCAUCGGAGCAGAAAGAGGAGCGGAGAUGUAGACUGACGUGAAGAGCCGUUCAUUCCUAUUGAUCCGUUAUCGAGGAGCCGUAACGAUGCGGACAGCUGCAACUGUGCUGAGCGUUUUCCUCAGCUUGGACUUCCUGUCAGCUCAGUCCCAGACAGACCGCAUAAACAGCAGCAACAUUGAGACUGGUGAGACUGGGAGGAAGAAUCAGCCGCACAUCAUCUUUAUUCUGAUUGACGACCAAGGCUACAACGACAUCGGCUACCACAACCCCAACAUCAUGACCCCAACUCUGGACAAACUGGCAGCAGAGGGCGUGAUACUGGAGAACUACUACGUUCAACCGAUCUGCACGCCGUCACGGAGCCAGCUGAUGACCGGCAGAUAUCAGAUCCACACAGGAUUGCAGCACUCCAUCAUCAGACCCAGGCAGCCCAGCUGUUUGCCCUCACACCUGGACACGCUGCCUGAGAGGCUCCGCCAGGCCGGGUACGCCACACACAUGGUGGGCAAGUGGCACCUGGGCUUCUACAGGAAGGCCUGCCUGCCCACCAGAAAAGGUUUUGACUCUUUCUUUGGUUCGUUAACAGGAAGUGUGGAUUAUUACAGCUAUCGGUCCUGUGACGGCCCUGGUUUGUGUGGCUACGACCUGCAUGACAAUGAGAGCGUCGCGUGGGGCCAGGAGGGAAAAUACUCCACGACGCUGUUCACCCAGAGAGCCAGGAAGAUCCUGGAGAGCCGCAGCCCGACGGACGGGCCGCUCUUCCUGAUGCUGUCCCUCCAGGCAGUUCACACUCCUCUGCAGCCUCCCAAGUCCUACAUCUACCCCUACCACAACAUGGCCAACGUCGCCAGGCGGAAGUUCGCCGCCAUGGUUUCCACGGUGGACGAAGCCGUCCGAAAUGUGACCUACGCCCUCAGAAAGUACGGCUACUACAGGAACAGUGUGAUCAUCUACUCCACUGACAAUGGAGCCCAGCCUUUCACUGGAGGGAGCAACUGGCCGCUACGAGGCAGGAAGGGCACGUAUUGGGAGGGUGGGGUGCGUGGCGUGGCAUUUGUCCACAGCCCGCUGCUGAAGCGAAGGAGGCGGGUCUCCAGAGCUCUGCUCCACAUCACGGACUGGUUCCCCACACUGGUGGGACUGGCCGGCGGCAACAUAACCCAGAGCCAAGGUCUGGACGGGUUUGACGUUUGGCCCGCCAUCAGCGAGGGGAAGGAGUCUCCACGAAAAGAGAUUCUCCACAACAUCGACCCGCUGCACAAACAUCCGACUGAAACCAAGAGCCGGGACGACAAGCCCAGAAAGAAAGCAGCUGCAAGUACGACGGACGAAAUCCCGUCCAAAGGAGCUGCGUUGCAAAACCCGAAGAAGCAGAAGAAAGUUCUGAAGCAGAAACUGGAUAAAAAGUCUGGAUUCAAGUUAAAAACCACCAAGAAACCUCAGAUUUUUUCCCAUGAGGCUGCAAAGAAAUCCAAGCCUGUUCCCAAACUGAAGCUGAAGUCUGGCCCAAAGACGAAACCAGAACCCGAGCUGCAGCCUGGAAUCCAGUCCGGUGGGGCUCCAUCUGGCGCUUUCCACCGCAAAUCCAAAACCAAAUCCAAGAGAACCACGUCACAGAACCACAACCAGUCCCAGUCCAGACCGGCUCACACCAAACCAAAGAAACCGCUCAAAGAGCAGCUAACGCCAAAACCCAAGCAGACCUUCGUCCAGAACCAGAACACAUCUCAGUCUGGAACCUCGACACCGUCUCCGCUGUGGGACACGUCUGUCCAGGCCGCCAUCCGGGUCGGAGAUUGGAAGCUGCUGACUGGAGAUCCGGGUCACGGAGACUGGGUCCCUCCACAGAUGCUUCCCACUCUUCCCGGCCGCUGGUGGAACCUGGAGCGUUCCUCCUCGCCGCUCUCCAAGCCGCCCAGCCCGAAGAGCGUCUGGCUCUUCAACAUCGCAACCGACCCGUUCGAGCGGCGGGACCUGGCGGACCGGAGGCCAGACGUGGUCCAGCAGCUGCUGGAGCGGCUCGCCCACUACAACCGGACCGCGGUGCCGGUGUACUUCCCCCCCGACGACCCGCGGGCCAACCCGAACCGGCACGGUCGGGCCUGGGCGCCCUGGGCGGACGGAGAGGAGGAGGCGAAAUACCAGGGAGUUUAUAAGAAAGGUAAGAACGCCAAGAAGAAGAGGAAGAAGAAGAAGUGCCGGCUGUGCAAGCUGAAGUCGUUCUUCCUCAAACUGAACACGGGGAUGAUGUCCAACGGCAUCUGAGGGCCUGAAGUAACACCAGAGACUCUGAUUUAUAGUUGUUAUUCAAAAUGUCUGGUAUUUUAUGUCCAGGGUGGAUUAAAAAUGAGAUGUGCUUUGGCCAUUUGGUCCUUUAAAACGUUAGUUCACUCACAUAUCUGAGCUCAAUAGACGGUUUAAUGUUUCACAUAUAAAUAGAAAAUCCUCAAGUUUAUUUACCUCUGUCAAUCAGAUUAAAAUGUGUGAAAUAUUUCAAACAUUUAUUUCUGUUUAUCAUGAUUACAAACCCAAAAAAUGUGUUUCUCAGAAAAUUUUAACCAAUUUGAAACGUCAGCCUCCUGAAACGUACAUCCAAUUACAGCAUUUGGUUGGGACAGAAAACAGUGGUGGACACACGUUAGCUAAUGUGCUAGUAGCAGAGCUAACUUUUUAUUUUAGAGUUUUGGCUAACUUUGAAAACAUUUAGCAAACAUUUAUAUUAAUGCUCUUAUUUUGAAGUGUUUACGCAGCAGUUCUGUUUCCUCUCUUCCUACAAUAACUAUUUCAAAGAAAAAAACACAGAAACAAAAAACAUGGACAUGGAACAAACUAACUCACUCGCUCUUUGGUUACCUAGCAACGACCUGCUGGGUAAUCAGCAGUUUCAAGUUCCGCCCAACUUCGGUUACCUAGCAACAAGCAGUUGAGUAACUGGCGCAGCAGCAGCAGUUUAAUGUUUCACCACUCUGCCUGCUUAAAACUGCUUAAAAAUAAAUAAUGGCGUGGAGAGAAAACUAGAUAAAACAGGAAAGGUCACACCACCAGUUUGGCAAUAUUUCAGAUAUUUAAAACAAAAAAACUAAUCAAUAACUAUCUACAUCAACUGAUAUGACACGAUUACAUCGUGAUAAGUUUUUCAGACAUAUCGUCCAGCUCUAAGUAGAAUAAAUAAUUAGUUGUGUGAAUUGGUCCUUUGGAGAUUGAAAACUACCUUUUAGUCUUGAAGAUAUUUUCUAAUGUUUAUAUUAUAAUUUUAUCUUAUAAAAUGUUUUGUUUUGAUCAGUAACUUAAAACCCAACAGAGUUUGUGGUUCACGAACUGACACUGUGUGGUACCGACGUGUGUUUUGACACCAAAUUCAACUGAGUAAUGAUGUUUACCUGAACCAGAAGGUCACGAAUUCAAGCAGUUUUGUUUAUUUUUGCACAUUUCAUUUCUCCCCUCCGACCAGGAGUGAAUUUAGGUUCAUUUUUUAUACCUGGAUUCUGGUUUUAAUCGUUGUUCACCAUAAGAAGCCUGGCUGUUGUUCUCCAUGUAUGCAUGCUCAGACUCUACAGCUGAAUGUUCGUCUCGGUUCUGAAAGCUGAAUCAGAUGUUUACAUGUGCAAUGUUUAACCAACGCUCAUUUUAAGGUUUUCUCCUUAUUCAUCUUAAAAAACUUCAACAGAUUUUUUUUUUUUUUGAUCCUGUAGUUGUCUGAAUGUAUCAACUAAAAUUAAUUUCAACUAUGAAUUUUUAAUUUAAAAUUUAUGACUCUGAACAACAGAAACUGUCAUAUAAUCUUGUUUUCCUGAAUGUUUUCAGCGUAUAAAAGCCUGAAAUUAUUCAUUACCAACCAUCAAUGCAUCUGUUGGUUAAUUUAUUAAAACUGAAUGCAGUUUAUGAAUUGAAUAUGAUAUUUAAAAGGCAAUAGAAGGUUUGUGAGCAGUAAAAAUAAAUAAAUAUAAUUUAAAUUUUA